AUGGAGAACAAAUCCAUCCCUCAAUCCCAAUCUUCUUUAGGGUUCUAUGGAAUCUUCAGAGUGUCUAUCCAAAUCACAUACAGAAACACGAAGCUACUGCUUCCAAUCCUACUUUUUGCGUUUCUUUCAUUAUCCCAGUUAGAAUUUUAUGAGGACUACAUACAAGUACCUCUUCUUAAAGGUUAUAUGUUGGAGUUCGCACAAAACCCAAGGAAGCAUCAUAUCCUCCGUCGUAAACUUGAUAUAAUUGCUUAUCGAGGUGCACUUGACGACAUAUUUGAGGUUCUCUUUAUCAAACAGUUGACCUUAGCCUUUUCUUCUAUCAUAAAGCUCUUUUUUUGUGUUGCCACUGUUUCGUCUACAUAUGAGGCGUACACUACUAAACCAUUAGGCCUCAAAGAUAUGUUCUUGAAAAUAAGAACGAGCUGGAAAAAUGCAUUAAUCACUGGCUUUUGCGUGUUCUUAACCUAUUCAGCCAUUAUUUGUGUUUACCUUGCUGCUUACGGCAUAACCAACAUCGUGGUUGCAAAUUCAUGGUCAUAUUUGAUUUCCAGAGCUAUCACUGUUUCAACCCCAUUUUGCUACUUAUACGUGACUUCCCUUUUGAUGUUAAGUAUGGUUGUUUCAGUGUUAGAAGAAGGUUUUGGUGGUUUUAAAGCAAUAGGAAGAGCCACGGAACUAAUGAAUGGAAAUAAGAUACAAGCUUCGGUGUUGAUGGUUCCUUUUGUUAUUGCCAGUUCUUAUUUUCAUCAUAUGAUAUAUUAUGGCAUUUCAAGCGAUCAUCGAUUGAGGAGCACAUGGCUGGCUAUUGUGAUUUAUUGCACAAACGGAUUGACUUGUUUGUUGAACCUCUUUAUGUUUGUCUUGUAUACUGUCUUCUACCAUGAACGGAAAAAAAGCCUUGACCAGAAGGAAGUGAAAAGUCUUUAUCGUCCCAUUGCCUCUGGUGAAGCUUAG